UAUGGAUUUGUGGCUUAUGACUUUAACACUCUCUAGAUAGUUUGUAACUUUGUUUAGGCUAGUGUCUUUCCAGUAUCCAGUGCAUCUGUAAUCUGUUAAGCACUUAAUCUGUUAAGUAUGAAGUAAUGCAACUAGUUUUGACUUUUGAUGAUGGGAUUCCUAUUAGUAUUUAGUACUCCAAUACCAGUACGUAAGUAGUAACUAGUAAGGUUAUUAAUUUAUUAUGCAUUGUAUAUGCCUAUAUGGAAAUAUGGAAUUAUGGAUUCUGAAAACAAUCCACCAAACACUAGUUGUGGGUUUUGAGUGUUAUGUAUAAUGUACAGUGUACUGCCCAAUGCUCACCUGGUAUUCCGGUUGACCUGUUCUAUCGAAUUCGGAUUCAGUUGACCACUUGACCCGUUUUUUUUUUCGAAUAUAAAACAAAGGUUGGGCUUGGAAAGUUCUUAGAAUAUGCCAAAGGAGUGGCCCAUUAGAAAGCCCAUUCUCAUAUGAUGUAUGAAGUAUCUCCCAAGUCCAGACAAGAAAUCUCAGCUGAAGACAAUUAGACAAACACUUGACAGCAAUGGAGGAGAAGGCAAAAAGGAAGUUACUACUGAUACUAUAUGCAUCGCAGACCGGUAAUGCAAUCGACGCCGCCGAACGAUUGGGCCGCGAAGCUGAGCGUCGCGGAUGUCCUGUAGCCGUAUUAUCAGUUGACGAGUUUGAUCCCAUUUCUCUGCCUAAUGAGGAGAUCGUUGUUUUUGUGGUUUCAACUACUGGUCAAGGAGACACUCCAGACUCCAUGAAGGUCUUUUGGAGGUUUUUGUUGCAACGCAAUCUUAGCCAAAUUUGGCUUAAAGGAGUUAAUUAUGCGGUGUUCGGACUGGGUGAUUCUAGCUAUCAGAAAUAUAAUUUUGUUGCAAAGAAACUUGAUAAGAGGCUCUUAGAUCUUGGUGCCACUCCGGUUAUUGAAAGAGGCUUAGGAGAUGAUCAGCACCCAUCAGGGUAUGAAGGUGCUCUAGAUCCUUGGAUGUCCUCUUUGUGGAAUGUGUUGCACCAAAAUAAUCCUAUGCUAUUCCCAAAUGGUCCUGAAUAUGAGACAUCAAAUAUAGAAUUGUUGGAUCAACCUAAAAUAAAGAUUACAUAUCAUGAUGCUUAUGAUACUGAUGGUAGGAAUCAACAAUUCUCCAUGUCUUUAGUUGCAGAUCUUAAUUUUGUUGAGAAGCAGAUUGUUAGAGCUCGCUCAAUGUUCCCAGGAACACAUUCUGGAAAGAAUCGGCCAGAUUGCUUUCUAAGAAUGGUAAAAAAUGAUCCAUUAAGUAAAGUAGGCUGUGGGAAAGAUGUACGCCAUUUUGAACUCGAACCUGUUUCAUCUUCAAUCCAGUAUGAAGUUGGUGAUGUUCUUGAGGUUCUACCUGGGCAAAGUGCUGCUUCAGUGGAUGCUUUCAUAAAGCGUUGCAAUUUGAACCCUGACUCAUACAUCAGAGUUCAACCUAGAGAUAAAGACCAAAGACCUGCUGAUAAGACCAUUAGUACUGUAAUGCUCCCUGUGCGGUUAAGAACUUUUGUGGAGUUAACUAUGGACAUUGCAUCAGCCUCUCCUAGACGCUAUUUCUUUGAGAUCAUGAGUUAUUUUGCCACUGCUGAACAUGAGAAGGAGAGGCUCAAGUAUUUUGCUUCAUCAGAAGGACGAGAUGAUCUCUAUCAGUACAAUCAGAAGGAAAGGAGAACAGUGCUAGAGGUAUUGGAUGAUUUCCCUUCCGUUCAAAUGCCAUUUGAAUGGUUAGUUCAAUUGGUACCUCCAUUAAAAACAAGGGCCUUUUCCAUCUCUUCCUCUCUUUUAGCUCACCCUAACCAAGUGCAUCUGACUGUAAGCAUAGUGUCAUGGACAACACCUUAUAAAAGGAAACGUACCGGUCUUUGCUCAUCUUGGUUAGCAGGACUUGAUCCUCAACAAGGAGUCCUUAUACCAGCAUGGUUUCAUAAAGGUUCUCUUCCUCCCCCACCACCACCACUUCCUCUCAUUCUUGUUGGACCGGGAACUGGGUGUGCACCCUUCCGUGGAUUUGUGGAGGAAAGAGCUCUGCAGAGUAAAUCUGGCACUACCACUGCUCCCAUCAUUUUCUUCUUUGGAUGCAGAAAUGAAGAAAAUGACUUCUUGUACAGAGACUUUUGGCAGUCUCAUGCACAGAAUGGUGGGGUCCUUUCUGAAGAGAAAGGAGGAGGCUUCUUUGUUGCCUUCUCCAGGGACCAACCUCAGAAGGUUUAUGUGCAACACAAGAUGAAGGAGCAAAGCACGAAGGUGUGGAGUCUGUUGGCCGAGGGGGCCGCAGUCUAUGUUGCAGGCUCUGCAAGCAAAAUGCCUUCCGAUGUGCUUUCAGCGUUUGAGGAAAUCGUGUCAAAGGAAAGCGGGGUUUCUAGGGAAGCUGCGGCGAGGUGGCUUCGGGCAUUGGAAAGGGCUGGUAAAUACCAUGUUGAAGCCUGGUCUUAAUCUCUGCCCUUUCGCCUGGAUGUACUAGUAAUUCUUAUACACCAAAUUAGGUGCAACCUUGUUACAUUAUUUACUGCUCCAAAUUAUAGCAGUGUUUAUUUAUUUUUUACCAUGUAAUUUUGUAUUUUCUGGUACAUGUGAAGAGGGAUGGGGAAGAUCGCGGAACAGACAAUGCUCAACUACAUCAUAACAUAAAAAUCAUUAUGUUAGAUCUAAAUACUUUGGGGCAGAAUUUUGAAUUUAGACCUAAUGUUUUGUAAGGCUCUUAGACUAUUAUGUUUAGUCUCUUAACCUUGGUAAAUUAUAUUGUGGACCAAGGCUUAUGUUGUAUUAUAGACUUAGAUUCAUAAAAAUAAUACUACAAGUUCAUAAAAAAUUUAGGUUCAAA